GCAGAGGAUAUUGAUGGAUAUAAAGUUGGGAAUAACUGAAGGUAGCACCUCUGGUAGACAGGAAGGGACGGACAGGAUGUGCAGGGAGUAACAAGGGGAAUCUACUCAGGGUAAUGAGGCACUCUCAGUGCAACUUUACUGCUGAUAGCAACCACAAGUCCUCAGCUUUGUUUUAACCUUGGGAACCAACUAGAACUAUCCUCAACCUCCAGCGAGAGGGAAUUCAUUGCACCCGUCACUGAUUUGGAAGAAAGAAGCAGCCAUGAAUUUUACUUAUGAUAACAGUGUGAAUAUAAGGGCGUGCAUUAGGAUUAAAAAGAGAAAUACAAAUCAAGUGAAAAAGUUUACCAUCACUCCUAACAAUGGAACAUUCCUCUUCGACGACUUUAAUUCGGAAAUAUAUGAAAUAAUUUGGAAAAUAAUUGGUAAUGAAGCUAUGGAAAAAUUUGAUCCUAAAUACCAUGCAGAUGACCCAGAUUUUAAUCCAUUUAUGAUAACUUGGAAAGAUUCUGAAGGAGAUGAGAUUACAAUAAUAUCAGAUAUUGACCUGGCGGAGGCUAUCAAGGAAACUUUAGAAAAGAAAAAAGAGGAACGGUUGUUGCAUGUGACUGUAAAGGUUACUAUAUUGUAAAUACACUAUUACCCACAUUAAGAUAAGAUUUUGUUCAGAUUUUUAACCCCUGAGGGUUAGCCACUCAGGAAACCCAAGAAAGUCUGUGCAUCAUCAAGGACUGUCUGUCUUAUUACCAUUGUGGUCUUCAAUCUUGUCCUCCAGGAUGCGACCCACACCAGUCCACUAACACCCAGGUACCUACUUGCUUGCUAGGUGAACAAUGGUACAACGGGUGUAAGGAAACAUGCCCAGUGUUUCCACCCACGCCAGUUAGUCGACUGGUGUGGGUGGCAUCCUGGGAAACAAGAUUGAGGACCCCAAUGGAAAUAAGACAGACAGUCUAAGAUAGUACACUGACUUUCUUGGGUUAUUGUAGGUGCUAACACUCCGGGGUUAAAACUCCGAACAAAUUUGAUCUUAAAGUGACAGGAUAUGACUGUGGAAUAUUUUUACAAAUAUAUUCCCAGUGUUAUGUUGGAUAUGCAAAUUACAAGAGGUAAUAAGAUCUAUAAAUGCCUUCACAACUGGUUCUUUGAUGCUAAUGAUAGGCUCUUGAUUCAAGAAGUUUGAGCUGCACUCUUCUACCUUGCAACAAACCUAAUUAUAUAUUGUUGGUUUAACACUCUAAUAAAUAUAAUAACUAAUAUCUAGAGAAAGGUUGAGAAAUUGCUAGGAUUUUCAUAA